GCAACCCACGCUCGUUCCUUACGGUCUGACCCCGUAGUCGCUCGCUCAGCCAUCCUUUGUCGUUUGUUUAUUCCCUUCCAAGCUGCUCUCCGCCUUCAGGCUACACAGUCGUAGCUUACUCGUCAUGUUGCUCACUACUGCCGCUCAGCUGGUGGCUUUGGCUUUGUCUGUUGCCGGGGGUGUCAAUGCUGCGUAAGUGGACCUUUUCUUCCUGUUACCGAACCAUUCAUCCCUUAGAGUAUCCUGGUCGGUCCCUAGUAUUCAUUGUUUUGUUUGUUUAUCACAAUCGCUAUCUGUUAUACACUCGCUUUCUACUCAUUAUUCAUUCGUUGCGUCAUUACCCGGCAGAGUGAAGUUUGCCUCACUUUCUUUUCCGUCGCUUGAAAACAUAGCGAUAGCAGAUAUGCCGAAGCGAGGAGCAGAUCAUGACGACAAGUUGCGCACUCGGAAAAGAGAGACAAAAGGGCGCGCAGUCCCUACGUCUCAGCGUGGCUUCUUCUAUACCCAGUGGUUUCACGUACGCACCUGGGUGUGUUCGUUACCAUGUCUUCUUUGGACGAUACUACGCUAUUGGCCUCUUCGCUUUCUGGGCUGGCUUCUGGCUUUAUUCAUCGUGGGGAUCCCAUCUGCUAUGGCAAGGUUCCGUCGGCUGCUCCAGACAGCUUCAGCGAGUCUAUACGAAAUUUUCGCAAGAACGGGCAUUCCGGCCUUCUUCGAAGCGAAAUUUGCCUACUUCCCUUUGCACUAUUGCGAAGUCAUCAUUUUUUGCAUCUUUCUUCUCCUUAUCGUUGAUGGACUUAUCCAGCUUUUACAACAUUCAAACGUGCGCUUACACUGAUACGAAACUUAGUCCUCUCGACGCUAGCGCCCAGUGCGGUCAAUUGACAAACUAUGUCACAGUUCCUGGUCCUACGGUCACCCAUUUCAUCGAAGUCGAACACAACAGAGCCUCUCACAACAAUGGCGUCACUGCUCUUGGUCCCGCAGAUAACACCCAGACCAAAGCUAAUGGUCCCUAUAUGUUCACAGAGCAUGAAGGCAGUACCGUCUGGCUUGGUGCUGCACCCCCGGCUUCGAUCACGAAUUUCAUCAAGCAGACUUCUGUUAUCGUAAUCACUCCCGUUCCUUCUCCCACAGCCACGUACACCUCCUACAGGACUCACACCUCGAUCGUUACUGUCUUUCCAACUUCGGCCCAGUACACCCCGCCAAGCUAUGGUGCUUCGAGCUCAAACGUCCCCUCGGGCAUCUUUAGCUCGACCAUAGACACUACCAUUCAUAUGACUCAAGUAACAACCAUCUUGGAAACAUUGACGAGCACUCAUGAAGGCGUUCCGACGACUGGCUGGAACAUUAGCACCACCACUUCCUCCGAGGACUCUGGCUACGGUCCUGGAUCUAGUGUAGGUACUGUAAGUCACCUAUCGUCAUGGAGCGAUGUCUCUGGCAGCAGUGUCUACGCAACUUUGACCUUCGUCGUGUCCAGCAGCACUAGCGUUGUUACUUUACCCGUCGGUCCAAGUGGAGAUCUUUCUUCUUCGCAAGCAUCUGGGACUGGCGGUUCUUCUGCAAGCCGAUUCUCAACGUCGGGCUUGAGCAUCUUGCCCUACCCAACUAAAUCGUGGAUCGGUACGGGUCAAUCAUCUAGCAGCUUCCCAACAUCAGUCAUGAGCAUCGCACCAUAUCCAGCCCCGACAUGGGUAACUUUCUCUUCUCGCCAUGGCACUGAAAGUAGUUCUGCUCCUCAUAACUCACAAGUUGAAAUCAGUAGCCAUUCAUCAAGCAGUUUCCCUAUCUCGACCACGAGCAUGAUACCAAUCCCAGUUCCAACCUGGUUGACUGUUUCUUCCUACGACGAUACCAGUAGUAGCGCAGACACAUCCAGCCCAUCCACCAGUCCUUCCUUUAUUCUGGCACCAAUUUCUACAUCGUAUAUCUCAGCCGGAAACAGUACUAGCACGUCUUACGCUGAGCAGAGCACUGGAACGUCUUACUUGGCCUCCUCAAGUAGCACCCUUCAAGCGGUACCAUCCGCGACCCCGUCAAGCUGUGGUGAAGUUGGAGACUUCUCUAUUACUGUAAGAUCUCCUGCUCAUCUUAAAACGAACUCCACUGACACCCGAACAGUGGGACGACUUACCAGUAUGGACGCCUAGCAAUAAUUCUUCUGGAGGAAUCUUCCCACCUGUAUUCAGUCCAUAUCAUCAUCUAUUCCAUGCUAAUGGAUACGGAUAUACCAAGGAAGCAUGGGCCAAGUAUGA